UCUCUCUCUCUCUCUAUCAGAUGAAGAGGAAGUUGGACCAUGGACCAGACAUCAGGCCUUUCCCUUCAGGCAAGAAACACUGCAAAGGUUCCAACUACCUCAGUCCCUCCAGUUUCGUUCCGUUCCAGACCACCCCCACUACCUUUGGGGACCUGCGAGCAGCCAAUGGGCAUUCAGCUCAGCGGAGACGUGUGACUUCGGGCCCUCCUCCCUCCGGCCUACAGGACUGGCUGCACACCUUCCAGGCGUGGAGUGGUCCUGAGCGUCUAUUGGCUCUGGAUGAGUUGAUUGACAGCUGUGAGUCCAAUCAGGUGAAGCACAUGAUGCAGGUUAUUGAGCCUCAGUUCCAACGAGACUUCAUCUCCCUGCUGCCCAAAGAGUUGGCCCUGUAUGUCCUGACCUUCCUGGAGCCCAGGGAUCUGAUGCAGGCUGCUCAGACCUGUUCCUAUUGGAGGAUACUGGCUGAGGACAACAUGCUGUGGAGGGAGAAGGGUAGAGAGGAGGGUAUUGAAGAGCCCCUGGUUGUGAAGAGAAGAAAGACUCUUAAACCUGGUUUCCUCCACUCACCCUGGAAGAGUGCCUACGUACAACAGCACCAUAUAGAGAGCAACUGGAGGACUGGAGAUAUCACCUCGCCUAAGGUGUUAAAAGGUCAUGACGAUCAUGUGAUCACGUGUCUACAGUUCUGCGGUGACCUCAUCGUCAGUGGUUCUGACGACAACACUCUCAAAGUCUGGUCCGCCCUCACCGGCAAGUGUCUGCGUACAUUAGUAGGCCAUACAGGAGGUGUGUGGUCCAGUCAGAUGAGCGGUAACAUUGUGAUCAGUGGGUCGACAGACAGGACUCUGAAGGUUUGGGACGCGGAGAGCGGAGAGUGUAUUCACACCCUGUACGGACACACCUCUACUGUUCGCUGUAUACACCUGCAUGACAAACAGGUUGUGAGCGGUAGCCGCGACGCUACGUUGCGUCUGUGGGACGUAGAUUCUGGCGAGUGUCUCCACGUCCUGACGGGUCAUGUGGCGGCGGUGCGGUGCGUCCAGUAUGACGGGCGCAGGGUGGUCAGCGGAGGAUACGAUUUCAUGGUUAAAGUCUGGGACCCUGAGACGGAGACCUGUCUACACACUCUGCAGGGACACACUAACAGAGUCUAUUCACUACAGGUAGUGGACGGAACCGAUCUGUUUUCCGUUCUGAAACAGAACCCAGUUCCAGUGUUCUGACCAGCAUUGUAAAGU